AGAGGGGGUGGGUGGCGCAUGCGUGAUGAAAGAACCUGAGGAAGGGGGAUAGGCUGAGGAGUGCUUCCCCGCUUUGGAGAUCAAAACCGAUGAUGGCGGCGGAGGCAACAGCGGGAACCUUACUAGAAGCGACAUCCUCGGCCCAGUUCCAGGAUUUGCUGCAGCGGCCGGACAGGUCUUUAGUGGUGGUUCAUUUUUGGGCCCCAUGGGCUCCUCAGUGUGUUCAGAUGAAUAAUGUCAUGGCUGAACUAGCAAAAGAGCAUCCACAGGUUAUGUUUGUGAAACUGGAAGCUGAAGCAGUGCCCGAAGUAUCUGAAAAAUAUGAAAUUUCUUCUGUUCCAACAUUCUUGUUUUUUAAGAAUUCUCAGAAAAUUGAUCGAUUGGAUGGCGCUCAUGCACCAGAACUGACCAAAAAAGUUCAGCGUCAUGCAUCUAGUCUGAUUCUUUCAUCUGCUUCUGCUGAUAAUGAAAAAGAGGACUUUAACUCACGACUCAAGAAACUGAUUAAUGCCGCACCUUGCAUGUUGUUUAUGAAGGGAACGUCUCAUGAACCUCGUUGUGGUUUCAGCAGACAAAUGAUAGAAAUUCUUAACAAACAUAACAUUGUGUUUAGCAGCUUUGAUAUAUUUUCUGAUGAAGAAGUGCGCCAAGGUCUAAAAACAUACUCCAACUGGCCUACUUAUCCACAGUUAUAUGUAAACGGAGAGCUUAUAGGCGGACUGGAUAUUGUUAAGGAGCUUGAGGCUUCAGGAGAAUUGGAUACAGUCUGCCCUAAGGCCCACAAAUUAGAAGACAGGCUCAAAGAUUUAAUAAACAAGGCCCCUGUGAUGCUCUUCAUGAAAGGGAAUAAACAGAUGGCAAAGUGUGGAUUCAGCAAGCAGAUUAUAGAAAUUCUAAAUAAUACUGGUGUGGAUUUUGAGACUUUUGACAUACUGGAGAAUGAAGAGGUGCGGCAAGGAUUAAAGAAAUAUUCAAAUUGGCCAACUUACCCACAGUUGUAUGUGAAAGGUGAACUCGUCGGAGGCCUAGAUAUUGUUAAGGAACUAAAUGAAUCUGGUGAGUUGUCAUCUAUCCUGAAAGUAGAAAAUUGAUGCAAAUGAAAUACAUUAAUCAAGAACAACAGAAAUACAAACAUUGUUAUUGACAUUUGCACUGGAACAGGUUACAACAGAAAAAACAGAAUUGCAGGUUUCUGACUUCCGUUUCAUCCUUUAUCAGGCCAUGCUAGAGAAGUAUGUAAAUGUAGAAUUUCAUACAACUGUAAACUUGUGAACAUCUUCAAACUGAAUUAAAAUUGAAGUUCAAAUAUG